UUUGUUUCCCUCGAUGUCAGCUGAGGGCGACAGAGGGAGGUGUUCCCCCUUGCCGGUUCUCAAGAUUUUCCUCAGUCCACAAUAAACUUUCAUUUUGGGAAGUCGAUACACACACACACGCACACACAUACGCACACACACAUACACGCUCAAAACGGAGGUCGUCAUCUUGUCCUGCAACGGUUCCCCGGGAAAGAAAGCUGGACUAGACUUGACGUUCAUUGUACUUUACAAAACGCGCGAAAGAAAGAAGGACAAAACAUAGGAAGCGCACAGGUGGAGCUCUCCAGGGCGUCUUUUUUUGUUAUUUUUUUUGGUGUAAUCUUCUGGAAGGAGACUACAGGGAUAAGAAGAGUCAAGACAAUGACAUAAAGAAGCAUUUUCACCGCUGGUUAAUUCCACCGUGUUUGAUUCGUUGUUUUGCUAUUUUGCUUCCUGGCACGUUGACUUCUCGCGCGACCCUCAAGGAACACCUGGAAUGGAAAAACUGUGUCUGCCUCGUCUGGACUGUAGUAAAAACUCCCAAGAAAGAAUGAAGUAACCGCUAUGGAGCUGGACAAUGCCCCGUACUCCAAACUCAAAACCACUGGAGUCGGGGGGAGAGUUCUGAUUCUUUGGACUAUAAUCUGUUGCACCUGCUCUCUAAGGCUAGCACAUGCACAAGAUGUGGAUGUCCUGCAGCAGCUUGGGCUUUCUGGGCGAAGGGGAGGCGCGCCAUCAUCUUCAGGGGCUCGAUCCAGCCCUAAUGGCAUCAUCCCCUUCAAGUCUGGAGUUAUCCUCACACCGAGGGCACGUAUCCAGGUGCCUCUGCGCACUGUUAUCCCUGAUACCUACAGCUCCACCAAUCUCUCCCUGAUUCUCAGCCUGUCUGUUCAUCGCAUCAACAGCGCUUUUCUUUUCUCAGUUCUGUCUAAGAAAAGGAAAGUGCAGCUUGGAGUGCAGUUCGCACCCGGGAAGGUCCUGGUACACGUGGGGCCUAGGAGCUCUGUGAGUUUCGACUAUGAUGUCCACGAUGGCCAGUGGCAUAGCUUGGCCUUGAAUAUCCAAGGCCACCAGGUGUUCUUACACACCUCUUGUGGAAAGAGAAGUGUACAUGCAGAUUUGCAUAAAAAAGAGGAGGCUCUGGAUGCAGAGGGCUCUUUCCUCCUAGGCAAAAUGAACCACAACUCGGUGCCGUUUGAAGGUGCCAUCUGUCAAUUUGACAUUUAUCCCUCUGCUAAGGCAGCUCAUAACUAUUGUGAUUACAUUAAGAAACACUGCAGAGAAGCCGACACGUAUCGGCCCAUGUUUCCACCCCUGCUACCUCUAUCUUCCACAGACCUAAACAUUACGGUCACUCAUUUAACUCCACUGAUAUUGACGGAGAUAUUCAAAAAGGCCCAGAGACCUACUUUGGCCUUGACUGUGGAAAGCGCCAGGACUACGAUUCUUGUUCCAACUGACAGCUCGCUGAUGCUGAACAUAACAUCUUUGCAUCAGACUGUGAGCGCUCCAAAACCUGGUGCUGUGUCUGUUUCUCCACCGAUUCGUCCAGGUUUGGAAAGUCCGUUUACAUUUCCGACUCAAACUGCUACCACAUCUCUUAGGGUCAGUGUGGCACCACCGAACUGCAAACCAACUUCACAUGGCAGUGCUGGAAAGAACACAAAGCAAGGAGAUACUAAUUCUCAGAACCCUUCUUGCAAAAGUAUGGGUUUACCUGCUUCAACCAGACCAUCUGAGAUGAAGCCAGACCUUCAGACCACAGCCGCUUUCAUACAGGGGUCUCCUUCAAACGCCUACCUUCCCCAUAGCAAGCAGUUGACCACAGUAGCUUCAAAGAAACCUGAGCCAAAAGUGACCGGUGUGCAGGAUGUCAAACCCACCUCGUUUAUUCCAGUCACUCCAACUGCAACAGAUGGCUUUCAAACUUUUGACCUGGAACCAACCCAGUUCUCACUACUGGCUGGACCACCUGGACUAAAGGGAGAACCAGGACUGCCGGGCCUUCAGGGACUGCCAGGGUUGCCAGGAAAACCAGGAAAGAGGGGCCCACGGGGUCCCCCUGGCCCACAUGGAAACCCUGGCCGCCCUGGACCUCCUGGAGGGAAGGGACAAAAAGGAGAUCAUGGACUGUCCCCUGGUCAAGCACCUCAAGGACAAAAAGGAGAGCCUGGUGUCAUGGGCCCCCCUGGACUACCUGGACAUGAUGGACGAAAGGGCCAAAAAGGUCAUCCUGGUCCUUCUGGUCUCCCAGGUGAACCUGGUGAACGGGGAGAUGAUGGAAGCCCUGGGGCCAAAGGCUAUCCUGGCAGGCAGGGUUUACCCGGGCCUGUAGGGAAAAUGGGUCCAAAAGGAUUCAGGGGCCAUAUUGGCAUCCCUGGGCUUUUUGGCCUUCCUGGUCCUGAUGGCGAGAGAGGAAUUCCUGGCGUUCAUGGGAAGAAGGGCAAGAUGGGUAGGCCGGGGUUUCCUGGUGACUUUGGAGAGAGGGGACCUCCUGGUCCUGAUGGGAACCCAGGUGAACUAGGAGAUCCUGGCCCAUGUGGAGUCCCUGGUCUUAUUGGAGACAUGGGCCCUGUUGGCAUUAUGGGUUUACCAGGACCACCAGGACUCAAGGGAGUACCUGGAAACCCAGGGGAACCGGGACUGAAAGGUGAUAAGGUGAUCUGCAUAUGUCUUUCUCAGACUAACCUUCUGUAUACAAGAAUGCUUGAGGGGGAUGUUGGCUUACCAGGAGAGCCAGGGGAGUCUGGAUUCCAAGGGGACAAGGGUAUCUGUGGCUCAUCUGGGUUGCCAGGUCCUCGUGGAAAUCCUGGACCACAGGGCAAACCUGGUGAAAAGGGCCCUGAUGGUAUACGUGGCCCUCCUGGACCAGAGGGUUUUCCAGGUGACAUUGGCCCACCAGGACAAAAUGGCCCUGAAGGACCCAAGGGAAAGCAAGGGACAAGAGGAUUGCCAGGUCUCAGAGGGACACCUGGACUUCAGGGUGAUGAGGGACCAGUUGGGCCAUCUGGACCUGCUGGACUCGAGGGCAGGCCUGGGAGGCAGGGGUUCCCUGGACUGACGGGCCCAGAUGGACUCAAGGGCGAGACUGGGUUAACUGGCGAGGUCGGAAAGCUUGGCGAGAGGGGACUGCCUGGGUUUAUCGGGCCUGUUGGAGAGACCGGAAUCGCUGGAGAAAAGGGGGAUCGAGGAAAAACAGGUGUCCCUGGGCCGCCAGGUGAAACGGGGCCGAUGGGUCACACUGGAAUACCUGGAGAGACAGGGCCACCUGGACUGCAAGGGAUCCCAGGGUCUCCUGGUUCACGGGGAUCCAUCGGCAUCAGAGGGCCUAAAGGCAGGAGGGGUCUGAGGGGUCCUGAUGGCCCAAUGGGGGAGAAAGGGUCCACUGGAAUAAAGGGCCCUGAUGGUCCACCAGGAAAAUUGGGCCUCCCUGGGGAGAUGGGGAAGCUUGGCGAGCCAGGUGAAGCUGGGCCUAAGGGAUUUCCAGGUAUUCAAGGACCCUCUGGACCUCCAGGAGCCAAAGGAAUUGCAGGAGAGCCAGGACCAGCAGGGCCACCAGGAACGAUUGGUCCGCUGGGGGAGAUGGGGCCGAGGGGGCCGCCGGGGAAGGCUGGAGAGAGAGGACUGCCUGGUGAACCUGGAGAGAAGGGGGACAUUGGUGUACCUGGCAGCAUUGGGGAGCAGGGUUUGAUUGGCCAGAGAGGUGAGCCAGGCAUUGAUGGGGAGGCUGGAACAAGUGGACCUGAUGGAGCCAUGGGUGAAAAGGGGGAUGCUGGUCCAGAGGGUGCUACAGGAGACAGGGGUGAAAUCGGUCUGAAAGGAAAGGAAGGACCCCCUGGGCCUCCUGGACUGGUGGGUGUAAGGGGUCAGGAGGGUAAACCUGGCAAAAUUGGUGAAAGAGGAAAACCAGGAGAAAAGGGGAGCAAAGGUCACCAAGGUCAUCUGGGUGAGACCGGGCCAAUCGGUGAGCAGGGAGAGAUGGGGUUUGUUGGACAGAAAGGAGCAAGAGGAACCAUUGGACCAGUGGGCGCCCCGGGGAGAAUGGGCCAACAAGGAGAUCCAGGCAUAUCAGGUUACGAGGGUCACAUGGGACCGCAGGGCCCCCUGGGACCUCCAGGGCCAAAAGGUGAAAAGGGUGAACACGGAGACGACAGCAAGGCAGAAGGUCCUUCAGGUCCUCAAGGUGACAGAGGUCCUCCUGGAGACAGAGGAGAGAGAGGAGAGCCAGGUGACCAUGGACACAUUGGUCAGAUAGGUGUUGAUGGAAAGAGAGGUCAAGCUGGUGCCCCAGGGCUUCCUGGACAUUCUGGGCCAAAGGGACAACCAGGACUGAAAGGAUCCAAAGGUGAUCAAGGUCAGAAAGGAAAAUCAGGGGCGAGAGGCACAUCUGGGACCAGAGGACCACCAGGUCCAGAGGGUCCUCCUGGCCCACAGGGAGUUGUGGGCAGGGAGGGUCUUGAAGGCCUGCCUGGCAUGGAUGGACUGCCUGGAAACGAUGGAAGUAAAGGAGUCAAGGGGGAGCAAGGAGAAGAUGGAGAAGUGGGCUUACCUGGCAAAACUGGGCAGCAGGGUAAAACUGGUGUGACAGGGCUUCCUGGAAGUCAAGGCUUCUUUGGACCAAAGGGUGAGAGAGGUCUUUCAGGCCAAGUUGGUCCAUCAGGAAAAAGAGGCUCUAUUGGCGGGAUGGGAUUGCCAGGAAAACAAGGAGACCCCGGAUCUAAAGGGCAACCAGGGGAUACUGGUGAACAAGGAUUUCCGGGGGUGUUGGGUCUGUUUGGACCAAAGGUCUGUGUUCCUGUCAAGCUCCAUUCAUAACCAAAAUGAUGACCUCAGGUCAAUCAAACCUAUAAAGUUUUCCAGUCAGUAUGGUCAGACCUAUGAUAUUGCCCGUAGCCUGUAAAAUGA